CACACAGAAACCAAAAAUGGUGAACACCGUGACACUCUACAAGUCCUUACUCCAAACCCUCAUGAAACUCGCCGGAGUUGAGCCAAGAAAAGUGGAGAUCGAGCCAGGAACGGUCAUGAACUUCUGGGUCCCCACCAAACCCAAAACUGAAGAGAUUAUUCAGAAGCCCAGUGUGGUCUUUGUUCAUGGCUUCGGUGCAGAUGGAAUUCUAACGUGGAUGUUUCAAGUGUUCAAUCUGACAAGCCAUUAUUCAGUCUACGUGCCGGACCUGCUCUUCUUCGGCGGCUCCACCACCUCCGCCAGGAACAGAUCGCUGAGGUUCCAGACGGAGUGUCUGGCAACUGGGUUGAGGAAGCUUGGGGUGGAGAGGUGUGUGGUGGUGGGGUUGAGCUACGGAGGCAUGAUUGGGUUCAAGAUGGCUGAACUGUACCCAGAUUUGGUGGAGUCAAUGGUGGUGAGCGGGUCGGUGGAGGCCUUGACGGAGUCGCUCAGCAGUACGAGGCUGAAGGGACUUGGGCAGAAGCGGUGGUCUGAUUUUUUGCUGCCCACCACCGCGGAGGGUGUGAAGGAGCUGUUCAGAGUUGCUACUCACUGGUUACCGCCAUGGAUUCCCAAUCGGAUUUUCAAGGACUACUUUGAGGUGAUGUUUAGCCACAGAAAGGAGAGGGAAGAACUCCUGGAGGCUAUGAUAAUCAAGGACGAGGACUUCACUCCACAUCACUACCAUCAGAGGAUAUUUUUUGUGUGGGGUGAUGAUGACAAGAUAUUCCACUUGGAAAUUGCCCACAAGUUAACAGAACAAUUGGGAGAGAAAGCGAAACUGCAAUACAUAGAGAAGGCAGGCCACCUAGCUCAAUUAGAGAGGCCUUGUGUAUACAACGCGCACCUCAAGCAGAUUCUAGCCUCUUUAACAACAGAUAAGCAGUUGUAAUAACAAUUCAUAAUGCACUGGGAUUUUGUAUCAUCACUAUUCACUAUAUCUCUGUUUUGAGUUGUACUUUUUAUAUCUAUUUUUAUUAAGUUCUUCCUAUCAUCAAUCAAAAGGUGUCAGAAGCAUAUUUUUAA